AUAUUUUUUCAAACAUUAGUAUUCUAUAGAAGCUAGACGAUAGCACUUUAGAGCUUGGCUGAAAAAAUUGUCGAUUUUAUUAUUUAUUUUUAUUACCAUGGAGAAGUGGCACAAUAAAAUAGCUGUAGUGACCGGAGCCAGUGCUGGUAUUGGAGCAGCAUGCUGCAAAGCUUUAGUGGACAAUGGAAUGAUUGUCAUUGGUUUGGCUAGACGCUCGGAGCGUGUUGAUGAAUUACGUCAAACAUGGCCCGAUGAUAAGGAGAAACAAAGUCGUCUGCAUUCCCUAAAAUGUGAUGUACGACAAGAAUCUGAAGUGAUCGCAGCAUUUGAUAAAAUUGUCAAAGAUUUUGGUCCCAUAGCAGUCCUUAUAAACAAUGCCGGCGUUGUUCGUGACACUGAACUGGUAAAGGAGAACAAUACUGAAGAUUUGCGGGCCAUUGUCGACACCAAUAUUAUGGGUGUUGCAUACUGCACCAGAGAAGCGUUCAAGACAAUGUCCAAGAAUACCGAUGGUUUGGGUCAUGUCAUAAUUAUCAAUAGUGUUGUCGGUCACAAGGUAAUUCAUUUUGAGGGAUCAUCAACAAACAUGUACCCGGCCUCAAAGCAUGCCGUAACAGCUAUGACCGAAGUAUAUCGCAAUGAAUUUCUAAUGCACAAUACAAAACUCAAAGUAACGAGUAUUAGUCCUGGUGUGGUGCGUACUGAAAUUUUAAGUGAAGAAGAUUGGGAAAAGAUGAAAGAUUUUGCCGCCUUGGAAGCUUCGGAUAUUGCCGAUGCCGUAGUUUAUUGCCUGCAAACUCCACCACACGUCCAGAUUCAUGAACUGACCAUAAAACCAGUUGGAGAAAAAUUCUAAUUUAAACGAAUAAUAACAUAAUAUGAAAACUUACCAUUAAAUGUAAAAUAAGUAAAACACUAAACCUAAGGUCCCACAGUCGUGUAGGACCUUUUUGUGGGCUCCACAUCCUGGAGCUGUAUUGUCGUAUGAUGAAAUCUGUGAAGAAGACAAAGUAAAACAUUGCUUUAUUAUUAGGUAUGUGUGUAAAAAGUUUUCAAUAAAAAGAUUGCCAAAAAAUUUUGGGUAUUGGAACUAUGAAAAAUAAA